GCUUUCGACUCGUCCACACCUGCAGCUUCACCAUCCUCCACUGGAAAUGUUGGCGGGUCAUUUGGAGAUCCAAGCAAUGCAGGCAAUUUCUACAAGAAUGUGAGUGAAAGAGUUGACCGGUCCGAACGAAGCGAGCGUAAAAGGCAAAAGGCUCGGCACACACCACACACCCUCUUGGCGGAAAGAUCCCGAAGAGACCGGGGAUAUUGUUCAUGUCAUCGACUGACCCUCCUCGUUCUUCUCUCAUCUAUCUGCACUUCAUUUCUCCUGUGAUGGCAUUUCUGAGUGCUGACAAUCAUGGCCAUCAGUUAUUCUAUAUUCUGAUCGGUCUCCUGGCGGCGUUCGGUAUCGUCUCUUUUCUCAGCUUGAUGCGUGCUCGAAGAAGACGACGGAUGAUCUUGAGAGAGGUGAGUGUCGAUGGCGUCCUCGAUGUUCGGCGUUCCGUUUCGCUCGCUCCCGCCAUCCUCUGGGGAAUUCGCCUCGCAAACGCGAUCUGUGGAACGUUGACUGAUAUCGAUACAUUUCAGGCUGAACGCCUAGGCGUCAUGGUACCUGGUGUACCGGGAUACAUUCCCAUUCGCGAGCGAAGGACAAUGAACUGGACCCGAUUCGAUGGGACCGAAGCGCCAGCCUGGUGGGAAGUGGAAAACGGAGAGAAAGCACAUGGAGAAGAGAGCAUCCAACAGGCAAGAAGGGACGAUCGAUUCAUGCCUGGAGAACACGCUUUUCAACCUUUGGCUAUCAUCCCCCCUCCUGAAGAUCGAGUGAUCGAACCAAUCGAAUUGUCCCCUCUGCCAUAUUUCCCUAAUCACCUGGCGUACCGUGAAUCAGCAUACCGUCCUCCUCCAUCAAAGUACCAAUUGGGCAAUCCUGAGACUUUGAACAGUCUACGAGGUGCACAUUUGGACAUUGUCACGAUAAUACGAAUGCCUUUCGACGGGCCAAACGGCAGACCUCCAGCCGCGGGUCCAAGCAGUCGUCCGGCUGCAGGAAAUAUGAUGCAUCAUCAUCAUCAUCAUGAUGAUGAGGAUGAUCCAGAAGCUGUAUUCAGGGAAUGGGCAGGCAUCGAAUUGGGGAUCGAAAAGGUGGACGUGGACAGACGAUAGAAGGGUUCGUCACAGGGGAUCAGCAAAAAAGAAGAAUUCUUUGGGUC